UGCCCGCCCUCGGGGCAUCCUUCGGCAGCGGGGCGGCAUCGGCAGCGCCGGCGGAGAUUGUUCCUGGGCUGCCGGAACCGCAGCGCUUGUGGGCAGCGUGAGACAAGGUCCUUUUGUCGAAUCCUCCCAGCCCAGCUGGCAGGUUGAAAACCCAGCGUGCACACGUAGAAGCAAGCUGCAGGUACCACUGAAGGUGUGUUCACUUCCAGAAGCAGCAUGGAAAGCCUGUGUGCAGCAAACACCACUUUUGCACUGGAGCUGUUAAGAAAGCUGUGUGAGAAGAAAAGUGGUCAGAAUGUAUUCUUUUCACCCUUUAGUAUUUCUUCUGCUUUGUCUAUGGUUUUGCUGGGUUCAAGAGGUAGCACUGAAGCCCAAAUACAAAAGGUGCUUUCUCUGCACAACACCCAGGAUGCUCACAAUGGGUAUCAAUCCCUUCUGUCCAAAAUUAAUGAUCCAAACACCAGAUACAUUCUGAGAACUGUGAACCGGCUCUAUGGAGAAAAGACUUUUGAGUUUCUCAGAUCAUUUACAGAGUCGAGUCAGAAAUCCUACCAUGCUGGCCUAGAACAGAUGGACUUCCUGCAUGCUUGGGAGGAUGCCAGGAAACAAAUCAAUGGCUGGGUGGAGGAGAGGACUGAAGGUAAAAUUCAGAACCUGUUGGCACAGGGGAUAGUGAAUUCUCUGACCAGACUUGUGUUGGUGAAUGCCAUCUAUUUCAAAGGCAACUGGAAAGAGCAGUUCAACAAACGGAGUACCAGAGAAAGGCCAUUCCACAUUAAUAAGAAUGAAACCAGACCUGUGCAGAUGAUGUUCAAGGAGGCAGAUUUUAACAUGACCUACAUUGGGGACAUCCAGACCAAAAUCCUUGAGCUGCCCUAUGUGGGUAAUGAACUGAGCAUGAUCAUCCUGCUCCCUGAUGCCAUCCAGGAUGGAUCCACAGGCUUGGAAAGACUGGAAAGAGAACUUACAUAUGAGAAGCUGAUGGAUUGGAUUAGACCUGAAAGAAUGAACUCUACAAACAUGUGGGUGUCUUUACCCAGAUUUAAACUGGAAGAAGAUUACAAUCUUAAAACUAUUUUAACAAACAUGGGAAUGCCAGAUGCAUUUGAUAAAGAGAAGGCAGACUUCUCAGGAAUGUCAUCUGGGAAUGAGCUGGUGCUGUCUGAAGUGGUUCACAAGUCCUUUGUGGAAGUCAAUGAAGAAGGCACUGAAGCAGCUGCAGUUUCGAUGAUGUGCUGUGAACUUAUGGAAGUUCCAGAAUUCACUGCUGACCAUCCCUUCCUCUUCUUCAUCCGGCACAACAAAACUCGCAGCAUUUUGUUCUGUGGCAGAUUUUGCUGUCCCUAAGGAGCAGAUACCUUGGCAGCAAAGGUGCCAUCACACAAUAAAUUUACAUUUCUCUGGAACAAGGUGACUUCUUUUGCACUAAUUGUCUCUUUCAGCUGUGCCUGAAUCCUCUUGUGUAGUGUUCAUCUUGGGCCUGGCAGGAAUAUCUGAGCUACUCAGGCAAGCACAGGACCUGCCAUGUCCAUCCUGUCUUGCACCUGGGUGCAGAGAUCUCCAGGUUCUUGCUGACACAAGAACCAUCCCACUUGCUCUGUGAGCGCUGCUUCUGUGCUGGACUUCACUUGUGGUGUCCAGCAGGCAGAGUCAGGUAGUGAGAGCCCAUGGGAGAGGAGAAGUUACUUUUGCUGUGACAAGGCUGGAGGACAUUUGUAGCUGCCCUCAUCUUUUACCUUGCAGUCUCAUCAUU